UGGCGAAUCAGCAGCCGGUGGUCCGCGUCCUGGUGGAAUAUUUGAUGUGCGGUGUUAGCAAUCAUUCGGGGGUCCUCAUGUCGUACGGGAGCAUUGCGUCCAACCAAGCCGAAGAUAGGUACUGUGUACAUAUCUACAUCCCGAGAGGCUUCUAAAAAGGACUUGACAAUCGAGGACAUAAUUAUGGUAGAAACCUGAGCGACUGGCCGACAGAUCAACAAAGCGACAGAAUGGAUAUCCUCGCCUUCACUAUGACGUGCUUUGAACUCGGCGACAAGGUGCUUGAGAUAUGCGAAACGUGGAAGAACACCGACGGCGAGGUGGAGCAGCGCGUUGUCAUCGUCAACAGCACCUGGGAUCGCACCAAGCGACAAGCCGAGUUCAUGUCGCGCAUCGCGCCCAUCAUAGACGAUGGAAUGCGUCGCAUCAUGGAUGACCUCCUGCGCCAGCUCUCGCUCUGCCUGACGCUGGCGAUGAACACGCUCGAGACCGUUAAUAGGAGGGCCUCACUGGCACGGCCGAGCUUGUGGGGCUUUGGUUCGAGAGCUGCGAAGAAGGCGUCCUGGGUAUGGAAAAAGGAGACCCUGGACAGCGUCAUCAUCGACCUUGAGGCGUGGAAGGCCCGCUUUGAUCCCUCUUGGUUCCUGCUAAUGAAGAUCGCAAAUCCCAUCAUUGACAGCGAACUCGCCAAGGCACGGGUUGCCGAGGCCGAGGCCCGCGGGCGUCCCACCGCGGCCAGGCACCCGUUCGCUGUGGCCGCGGGCUUGCGAACAGUGGUCGCGACCGAGCCCUCCAAGAUCAAAUUCGACUUCCACAAGGAGUCACAGAUGGAGCGGCAUGACAUCCAGUUUUCAACCGUGAAGGUCGGGCGGCUGGCGCGAGAUGACCCCAGAUGGUACAUCCUGGACACGGUCGAAGUUGGGCCGGCCGCCCGAGUGCGCGAUAUCGGGCGAGAUGUGCGCGUGCUGGCAACUAAGCUCGCCCAGACCGACGCCUUUGCCUUUGGGUUGCUCAACUGCAAGGGAGUGAUAGCAGUGCCGCGGCACAAACCCGUAUCGUCUAGCGCGGCACCCGGUCACCGACAGCCUCCGUACCUGAGUCCCCCAGCUCCGAGCAGGAGGUCCCGCAGCCCUUCUCCAAACCAGCAUGACUACACAUGCUUCAGGUUCGUCUUUCGAAUCCCGGACGGCGUCGAGGUGGAGAUGCUGCGGUCGCUCCGGCAGCUCUUGCUCAACUCGGACGCGCACAUCUCGCUGACGCGCAAGCUGGGCAUGGCGCGCGAGCUCGCCAAGGCAGUCAGCUACGUGCACACGUUCGCCUUCGUGCACAAGAACGUGCGACCCGAGUCGGUGCUGUGGGUCGAGGGCAUGCGGGCCUCCAAAAGCCCCGUGUUCCUGGUCGGCUUCGACGCCUUCCGCGGCGGCGCCGCCGACACCAUCAUGGCCGGCGAUAUGCGCUGGGACCGCAAUGUCUACCGCCAUCCGCUGCGCCAGGGCAACGACCCAGCCGAGAAGUACCGUAUGCACCACGAUAUCUACAGCCUUGGGGUGUGCCUGCUCGAGAUUGGGCUGUGGGAGUCCUUUGUCGAGUACACCACCGAGGCUGAGGUGGCCGGCCCGCCGCAGGCCAAGCUGGGAAGAACAUACCACCACUUCCAGGAAUGGCUCCGUGCGACCGAGGCUCGCACAGGACAGGAUGGCAGUGCCGGCUUCCUUGAUGCUGUCGCCUUCCGGCUGAAGGAUUACCUCGUCGAGCGGACCAAGGCAAGGCUGGCACCGCGCAUGGGCGAAAAGUAUGCUCGCGUCGUGCUGUCGUGCCUGACAUGUUUGGAUGACAACAAUGAGGAUUUUGACGGCGCCGAGGCGGCCGAUGCAAGCGACGACGCUACAGCCUUGUGCUUCAUUGAGGGAAUUAUGAAGGCCUUGGAUGAGAUCUCGGUAUAAUACUGGACGUUAGUGGUCAGUGGCCGACUGGAACGAGUGCUCCAUGGUUCCGCUAUGAGUGAAACUGGUCGGCUAGGUAGGUAGUUGAGCGCAGCAUAGCCGGCCAAGGAAUACCCGUGACUAUAGGAACCGGUAUGAGUGAUGGAACGAGCAGUGGCGGAUCACGUCGUUGAGGUACGCAGUUGGAGGAUGCAAAGGGUGCCAGGCCUUCUAUUAUAUAGCUGCUGGCCUGGAUAUAGAAGAGCAACUAUGGCAACAAUCCUCCG